CUCUGCAGCCUUCCCUAUGUCUUCACUUAGCCCAUGUAACUUUUCACUGUAGCCUCUCAGAGAUGGGGAUAGUGCUGCUAUCACUUAAAGGCAACAAGAUAUCUUCAAGAAAAACAACUCUAAAUUCCAUCCAUCGUACUGACAUCCAUUGCUUAGGAAAAGCAUGAUACAGAAAACUUCUUAGAGAACCAGCUCUGGAUCUUUUGUCUUCUGGAUUUCCAGGUGAAAAUAAUUAUUGGAGAGCCUAGAGUUAUUACUGAUUUCAGCACAGUGAUUUUCCACCCUCAUGUGAUUUGUAAAACUUGAGUAGUGUAAACUUUGAUUUCCAUAGCUUUCAAUGGAUUUUGCAAUGUCAACAGUGACGUUUGAACUGGAUUAUCUUCCUCCUGAAGGCUUCAGACAUGAGCAUGCUUCCAACUCAGAUUUUACUUUAACCUCUUUGACUGAACUCUCUGCUGAUUCUAGUCAACUGGAACUUCAUGACUCCACUUUUGUCCCCACUGGUAUGAAUAUAAGCAAGAGUGAGAUAGCAAAAGAAACUUCGCUGAAACCGUCUCGGAGGUCCCUGCCAUGCCUGACCCAGGGCUACGCUUACUCCAAGAGCCUGAGCCAGUCGACCUCACUCUUCCGGGCGGCAGAGAGUGAGUCUCAGGCUCCCACUUCCGUGACCUCCAUCUCCCCUGACAAAGGGGAGCAGGUUAAUGAUGAGGAGGAUAAAAAAGACUCUGUACUCAAGUGCUCUUUUGCUGACCUCAGUGAUUUUUGCUUAGCCCUAGGAAAAGAUAAGGAUUACUUGGAUGAAUCAGAACAUGCUAAUUAUGACCGUUCUCGGCUCAUUAAAGAUUUUGUUCCCAAAGAUAAUUCUGAAUCCAAGAGAAGAUUGCCAAAGAAUGACAUGAAUUACAUCGCAUCCAGUGGACUUUUAUUUAAAGAUGGCAAAAAGCGGAUUGAUUACAUUCUGGUUUAUAGAAAGUCAAAUAUACAAUAUGACAAAAGAAACACCUUUGAAAAAAACCUGAGAGCAGAAGGCUUGAUGUUGGAAAAGGAGCCAGCUGUUGCAAACACUGAUAUCAUGUUUAUCAAAAUUCACAUUCCAUGGGACACCCUGUGCAAGUAUGCAGAGAGGCUGAAUAUCAGGAUGCCCUUCAGGAAAAAAUCCUAUUACACUGACCCGAGGAGCAAAUCAACGGGCAGUGUACACAACUAUUAUAGAAGACUCAAAAAAUGGAUGUCUCAAAACCCAAUGGUUCUGGACAAGUCAGCGUUUCCAGACCUGGAGGAGUCAGACUGCUACACUGGCCCCUUCAGCCGUGCAAGGAUUCACCACUUCAUAAUAAACAAUAAGGACACCUUCUUCAGCAACGCUACUCGAAGCAGGAUAGUCUAUCACAUGCUGCAGCACACCAAAUACGAGAACGGAAUAUCAAAAGUGGGUAUCUGUAAACUGAUAAACAAUGGCUCAUAUAUAGCAGCUUUUCCCCCACAUGAGGGAGCCUACAAGAGCAACCAUCCCAUCAAAACUCAUGGGCCUCAGAAUAACAGGCAUCUAUUAUACGAGCGCUGGGCACGGUGGGGAAUGUGGUACAAGCACCAGCCCCUGGAUUUAAUCAGGCUGUAUUUUGGUGAGAAGAUUGGGCUGUACUUUGCUUGGCUGGGAUGGUAUACUGGAAUGCUGAUUCCGGCCGCACUGGUUGGUUUGUGUGUUUUCUUCUAUGGAAUACUUACGAUGAAUGCAAGUCAAGUAAGCCAAGAAAUUUGCAAGGCUACUGAAGUCUUCAUGUGCCCUCUCUGUGACAAGAACUGCUCACUACAGAGACUCAACGAAAGCUGUAUCUAUGCCAAGGUGACAUACUUGUUCGAUAAUGGAGGAACAGUCUUCUUUGCUAUUUUUAUGGCAAUAUGGGCCACAGUCUUCCUGGAGUUUUGGAAACGAAGAAGAAGCACACUGACCUACACUUGGGACCUCAUUGAAUGGGAAGAGGAGGAGGAAACGCUCCGUCCCCAGUUCGAAGCAAAGUACUACAAGAUGGAGAGAGUGAAUCCCAUCAGUGGAAAACCUGAGCCGCAUCAGCCUUCUUCAGACAAAGUCAGCCGUCUCCUGGUCUCUAUCUCAGGGAUAUUCUUCAUGAUCUCGUUGGUGAUCACUGCAGUGUUUGCUGUCGUGGUGUAUCGCCUGGUUGUCAUGGAGCAGUUUGCAUCAUUCAAGUGGAAUUUCAUCAAACAACACUGGCAGUUUGCAACAUCUGCAGCUGCUGUCUGUAUCAAUUUUGUAAUCAUCAUGGCCCUGAACCUUGCUUAUGAAAAAAUUGCUUACCUUCUCACUAAUUUAGAAUACCCUCGAACAGAAUCGGAAUGGGAAAACAGUUUUGCCCUGAAGAUGUUCCUCUUCCAGUUUGUCAAUUUAAACAGUUCUAUCUUCUAUAUCGCUUUCUUUUUGGGGAGAUUUGUAGGCCACCCAGGAAAUUACAAUAAACUUUUUAACCGGUGGAGACUGGAGGAAUGUCAUCCGAGUGGCUGCCUGAUAGACCUCUGCCUCCAGAUGGGAGUGAUCAUGUUUUUGAAGCAAAUAUGGAACAACUUCAUGGAGCUGGGAUACCCGUUGAUCCAGAACUGGUGGUCACGACAUAAAAUCAAGCGGGGAAUACAAGAUGCUUCUAUACCUCAGUGGGAAAAUGAUUGGAAUCUCCAGCCCAUGAAUAUUCAUGGACUGAUGGAUGAAUAUUUAGAAAUGGUUUUGCAGUUUGGUUUUACCACCAUAUUUGUUGCGGCUUUUCCUCUGGCCCCUCUUUUGGCUUUGUUAAACAAUAUCAUUGAAAUCAGGCUGGAUGCCUACAAAUUUGUCACUCAGUGGCGGAGGCCUCUGCCAGCUCGAGCAACUGACAUAGGUAUAUGGUAUGGAAUUCUUGAAGGAAUCGGCAUAUUGGCUGUGAUCACCAACGCAUUUGUCAUUGCUAUUACAUCUGAUUACAUCCCCCGUUUUGUCUAUGAAUACAAAUAUGGCCCUUGUGCAAGACAUUUCGACUAUGGUGAAAAUUGUUUAAAAGGAUAUGUCAACAAUAGCCUCUCCUUCUUUGACCUAAGUGAGCUUGGUAUGGGAAAAUCGGGGUAUUGCAGAUACCGAGACUACAGAAGUCCCCCUUGGAGUUCCAAACCCUAUGAGUUCACCUUACAAUACUGGCAUAUCCUCGCUGCUCGGCUGGCCUUCAUUAUCGUGUUUGAGCACCUUGUUUUUGGGAUCAAGUCAUUCAUCGCAUACCUGAUUCCGGAUGUACCAAAAAAACUGUAUGACCGAAUACGACGGGAGAAGUACUUAGUCCAAGAAAUGAUGUACGAGGCUGAGCUAGAGCAUUUGCAACAACAGCGGAGAAAAAGCGGUCAUCCUGUUCACCACGAAUGGCCUUAGUAGAUAGAGGGGUGAUAGCAACUUCAAAGUCCAGGUGGGAUCUAGGGGGAAGUCAUUCCUGGAAAACCCUGUGUACAAUACUCUACUUGGAAAUGCAUCACAGCCAUUUCUUGGAUAUAGAAUAUCCAAGCUUCUAGGGAGAUAAAAGAUGACUCAUGGCAUUAAAAAAUAGUUAGGUUGACAUUGCAGGAAACUAGGAUAUAACCCACAGAGAGCUGUAUGUUUGAAGGCCUCCGCUUUCCAUCAGCUGUAGCAUAGUAAGAAGGGUGAUGGUGAGGUUUCUAGAGACAGAGGUCCAUGCAAAAUUACAUAAGCCAGGCAUGGCUUCAAGUAUAAUGUGGUUUUUACUCACAUUCUAAUCUGACUUUGGAACCUUAGGUUGAGUUAAAAUACUCAUCAGAAAUAACUUAAAUGAGGGAUCGCCUUUGCUGCCAGAAAUUCAUGUCCCUUCAGCUUACUGGUUCAUAAGAAUCCCCCUUGUUUCUUGCUGAGAUUAUGGACCUGUGCCACAGGGACUUUAUGCUGCUCUACACUGACUAUGCAGUUGAAGAGUUGCACGUCAGCUUUAGUUGUCAAACCAAAAAUCUGAGAUUCUGAAAAGAAUACCAUCCACUGAAAUGAAUGACAGUCUAUUGCAUUCUAUUCAAAUCUGUUGUAUCAGUCACAGAGCCAGUUGCACUGGAUUUUUUUUGUUUUUUACUAAAUGCCAAUAGAGCCACCUGCUUAUGAAGUAUGGGUGUUUGUACUCAUAUCAUGUAGAACACUACUAACUACUAAUUCAUGUUUUGCCAUGGAAGUCUGUUUAUAAUAUAUUUAAUUUUCCCCUUGCUGAUUUAUUACAUCAGCUCACGCAGAAUGAUUUGAAAUGCUGUAAAUAUUUUGGUGUUCCUUGUACCUUUGCACCGUGAUGAUUGUAAUGCAAGUUACAGUUUACGCAGCUCUGAGACCACUUCCGCCGUACACUGUUGUGACUUGUUUUUUCAGGAACACAGAAGCCAGAUGCUUUUCAACUCUUUUGCUUUUCCAGCAAUGUGCACUCCUGCUCAUGAGUGAAUGAAAGCAAUGCAUGAAUAUAAAUUUCUAUGACUUGUAAUAUUGACACAUAUAUUUUUGAAUUUUACUUUUCUUUCAUUACUGAGGGGAGUUUUCUGUUAUUUCUUUGACAGCUUGAUUUGAGUUAUUUUUUGAAAACUCUCUAGAAACACAGGCAAAUUAAGUGUGAAAGAUUUGCUUUUUUGUGGCGUUGCUAUUUUGGUGUCAACUCUGUACCUUUGAGUGUGACUAUUCACAGAUGGGCAAAGUGGGAAGGAUGGGACAUUGAACUACAGAAUAUCUGGUGAAGGCAUAAGCUAUGGGGGCAGCAAAAGAAGAAAGAGAAGAGUUGAACUAAGGAAAUGUAUGAUAGAAAUCAAGAACCUUGUCCUAGUAAAACAGUCAAUGCUAAUCUGUUUUCCCCUGAGAAUGAGGUGAGAAAUAACUUACCCAUUUACACAUAGAUGCAAUUAUUGCGAUUAUUAUUUGUCCAAUUAAACAAGGCAGCUAUUUCUAAAAUUCAUAAAGAGCGAAUUAAACCCAAUGGUAAUAAAGCUACUUUGUGUAUCUGCUAGCUUUUCUCUAGUGAGAAUAUUAUCCAGUUUCUCUUACUAGAAAAUUAUUUGUAUUAGUCUAACACUAACUUUUUUUUAAACUUUUCCUUCUAUGGAAAAGUUAUAGUCAUUGGUUGGCUGUUUGGUUUUGGCACAAAUAUUCACUUCUUAUCUUCUGAUUCUGAGCAAGAAGAAGGACUUCAUCUUCUAAACAUCCAUCACAUGACCUUGCCACAUGGGACUCUUCCAUCAAAUUCCACAGAAGUUCUGUUUCUGCUGCCUGGGUAUCAGAGCAACCUACUUUACUAACUCUAUAAUGAAGUUGCAAACCCCUCCAUUUUCCUAGCAUUCGCAUGCCCUCUUCAUUUGUGUAUACACACCUGAGAAUACAUACUCUCCCUGCCUGUUGAGGAUGUAAAUGUCAGGUGUAUAACCCGUCAAUUAUAUCUUCUCCAAGUAGGGGACACAGGAGCAAAGAAUCAUGACAGUACGCCCUUGAGAAUUCUUCUCUUUCUGAAUUAUUUUUUAUACAACCACCAUCGAGGUUUAAAAUUAUAUGGAUUGCCUAGAGCAAAAAAUGUGAAAAUUUAAAAAAAAAACUAUUUUAAGUAACAAAGUAUUAAUACAUCGAUUUAGAAAAAUGCCUUCUCUGAUAUUUUUGAAAAUGAUGGAAAAUGGGAGAAACAAUGAAAAAGCAUCUGAAAUUUUCAUCUUGGGAAACAAGGCAGUAGAAUUUAGCUAUGCCUUCAUCAUGGUUAACAAGAAAAUAUUGACAGCCCUUCGCAGUAUGUUAGGUUUAGAUCACUCUGCUUUAGUGGAAAUGCUUUAUAUCAUGGUUUUCAAAUGAACACAAAUUCUUUCUCAAAGAUUUAUAUAGCACACACUCUUCUCAGGAAUUCUGUAUUACAUGAAUGUUGCUUAUCUAUUUUCAUAUUCUAAAUUGUUGUCUUCUCAAGCACAUUAAUAUAUGCGUGCAUGUAGUCAACCUUGACAAGUCGUUCAAAGAUGAAGUGAUUUCACAGUAUAUAGUGUGUGGAAAAUUGCCUGAGACUGUAACAGAAAUAGUUUGUAAUCGUCUGAGUCUGCGCAUGCACUUUUAGAUAAAAUACUGCCAAGUGACUGCAUGAGGUACAACUUCCAAUGCUGCACAUUCUUCCAGAACAACUCUUAGCACAAUCUGUGGUAGAAUUGGAAUGAAAAGGAACUUUUUCACUCAAUAAAUUAUCAUGUGAUCUAUUUUCCUAUAAUUUGCAUGUUCAAUUUACUCCUGCCUGAUUUUUAAAUAUUACAUUGGGAUUUGUUGAAUGUGUAUGGUGAGAGGGCAUUCCUCGUCCUCAAGCUCCACAUGGUAACAGUUCCUGGCUCUUACAAGUCCUUGAUCACAUGCUUUAAAGGUUUUGACUAUUUGUCUUCUGAUAAGUUCAUUAUCGCCAUCAAGGCAUUUGCAAAUGCAAGUGCAGUGGAGUAUCAUAUUGAUCCUAAUAAUGCUUUGCACUAGAAACAGAUGAGAGAGGAAGCUUGCUUAGUUCUGAUGAGGGUAAUAAUGCUUCUUUUUCACACUUGGGCUGGCUCUACUAAUUACCAUCCAAAUCUCUUUAGUACAGGAAUUUUAGCACAGAUAUAGUUCAUGCGGAGGAAGGAGGACAUGUAAGGGCACCAGAGCCAACUGUCAACAACAGGCUACCAAGUUGGCCAUUUGUUUAAUCAACUUGAUGGUUAAAAUUGAAAAUCCAAGUUGCCUGAUGAGUUAUUUAAUGGAUAUGGCUGAAUUGAUUAAUAUAUCGAUUUGUGGCAGGUAGACAUAGGCCCAGGAUGUUGAGUGUGUGUGUACGUGUGUAUGUGCUCACACACAUCGCUAGGCACAUCUUUUGGUCUGUGAAACCAGUGAGCACUUACUCUCUGAGCUAUGCCCAAGUCAAGCCUACUCUGAUCAUCAGGUAUCUCUACUCCAUUUUCUCCCGAUGACAGUGUUAUAAAGGCUUUGGAAAUAGCUGAGGUUACAUCCAGGAAACUAGUUAACAUCUUACCUUAUUUUUGGUAUUCUCAGUGACUCAGAAAAUAACCUUUGGGAUGGCCUGAAAACCCAGCUUCUGAUGGAAGGGUGAGCAUUUCUAUUCAAAAUGAAAUACGCCAACAAUAUUCAGUCCCAAGAAAAGAUUGUGCUAGCUAGGGUUUAUGUAUUUGCACUGGUGAUGAGUUAUUAUAGAUCAAAUUUGCCAUCUGGGUUCAUCUAAAAAACCACCUCCAUGACUACAUUUGAUGAUUUUCUUUCUAGAGAACAUACACAUUUUCUUUCUAGAUGUGCACAAUAUUUGGGACCAGAUCCAAUCUCUCAUACCAUCAAAAUCUACUCUCUGGAAAAAGCAGCUUAUCCGUCAAACCUUGCUGCUUUGUGACUGCACCCCUGUGUGUACCCCAGCACAAUUCUCCCUCCAGAAAGCCUCCUGUUGCAUGUACAGCUGGUCCAAAGUGGGAGUCUUGAGGACCCUAGAUAGUGAGCUCUGUGAAUACCGCUCUACAUCUUUCCCUAGGAAGGAACGGUGGGACAUUUUUAGCAAACACCUAUAUCGACUUCUUCAGGAUAUGUGUUUCCAUCACAAUGGUCAUUCUUUCUGCAAGAAAAGUAGUGUCUCUGCCCCCCGCUUUUUUAAACAAAGCUUUCCUAAAUUACUAGUUGGAAAAUAAAACUUAGUGAGACCCAUUUAGAUAAUGCCACAAAAGUAGUUGUCAUGGUGAUGACCAAUGUGUGGUACUCCAGCUGCCUCAAAACCUUUAUAAUUAGUCAGUGAGCAUGCCACUCACUGCCAGGUGAGCACUUUAGGGCAAAUUUUGUAUCUUUUCUAACAAGUAGGAUGAGGAGAGUCUUCCCACUAACUUUGACACAGCGUACUUGUUCAUGAUUUUUUUUCUGGAAGGAGACGGAUUAGAUGGUCCAAAAAAUCUGGUGGCAAAGAUCAGUGUACAAGCAAAGUUUUGGGGAUGGUGGAGGGGACAUAGAGACUUUUCUACUGAAAAAAUAAUGUAUCUGAUUUGCAGAUUCUAUUUCAGUAUCUGCUGCACACAUACCAUGUCUCCUUUAUGACUGAAAAACAACUGCAAUUUAGUUCAUCUUUUAACAUUCAAAGGAAAUAAAGUUUUUU